AUGGGGAAAAAACUGGAUCUUUCCAAACUGACUGAUGAAGAGGCUAAGCACGUCUGGGAGGUUAUUCAGCGGGACUUAGACCUUCGAAGAAAAGAAGCGGAAAGACUAGAGGGCCUGAAGGGCAAGGUCAAGAAGGAAAGUUCCAAGAGGGAGCUGCUGUCAGACUCGGCCCACCUGAAUGAGACCCACUGUGCCCACUGCCUGCAGCCCUACCGGUUCCUGGUAAACAGCAGGAGGCAGUGCCUGGACUGUAAUCUCUUCACCUGCAGGGACUGUGGCAGCACCCACCCCACGGGGCAGGGCUGGCUGUGUGACCCCUGCCGCCUGACCAGGGUGGUAAAGGUUGGCUCUCUAGAGUGGUACUAUGAACACGUGCGGGCCCGCUUCAAGAGGUUUGGGAGUGCCAAGGUGGUCCGGUCCCUGUCGGAGAGGCUGCAGGCUGCAGAUGACCCUGAACAGAUCUCUGACAAAAGCAGUGGGGACAGUGAGCAGACCAGUGAGGAUGGAGAACUGGACAUGGCAGCCCAGGUCCAGUCCAGUGGCAGCAAAAAGAAGCGCCUUCUCACUGUCCACGACCUGGACCUGGAGGCCGAUUCGGAUGACCUCACUCAGUCCCACCACUACAACCCACACCUGUGCUCCAUCCCGGUGGUCCAAGACAGCCCGCAGCGCCUUGUCGCCAAUGUGCCCACCGAGGCUGACCUAGAAGAGGAAACCCUGAGGAGAAAGCUGGAGGAGCUGACCAGCAACGUCAGUGACCAGGGCAUCUCAUCUGAGGAAGAGGACAGCCCGGACGCAGCAGUGGGGUCAGACAGGAGCACCUCCAGUGGGGGCCUUCUGGAAAUGGCCCCAAAGGUGUGUGCAGGUGUAGGACAGAUGGACAGAUGGGAGACGGACCUUCAGGGCCCCCAGAACCACAUCCCACUCACCAGGAUCACAGAUGAGGAGCUGUCAAAGCUGGAGGACAGAGUGGCCGUAACAGCUUCUGAAGUCCAGCAGGCAGAGAGCGAGGUUUCUGACAUAGAGUCUAGGAUUGCGGCCCUGCAGGCUGCGGGGCUCACAGUGAAACCUUCGGAAAAGCCCCGGAGGAAGUCAAACAUCCCAAUAUUCCUUCCUCGACUCACUGGGAGAAAAGGUCAGAGCCCCGAGGGUCUGAUCCCAGACCUUUCGAGUGAGGUCAAGGUCAUGGGUGUGCCCCACCUUCUGAAGAAGUUCGGUCAUUCCCCUAGAAGCCCUGGUAAUGGCGAAGAAACCUUUGACCGGAAAUCCAUGUACCGCGGUUCACUGACACAGAGAAACCCCAAUGGGAGGAAGGGGAGAGCCAACUACAUUUUUGCGAAACCCGUGAUGACUCACCAACCCUAA